AUGAGUAAACGUACCUUUGACGAAUACUCCAAUAACGACCACUAUUAUUCAGUUAUCGGCAGCUGCGGAAGUCUGGAAGGAAGGGAAAACACUUCCAAAAGGGUUUUGCCUGCCAUGAUGCAGACAGAGAGUUCUGACGAUUUUAUGGAUGGAAUGCUAAUUAAUACAAAGGAAAAGGUUUCCGCUAUCGAUUAUGAUGAAACGCCAUCAAACUUUUUGAACAUUGAACCUAACCUUCCCGAUUUUGUACACAUGAUGGAAAGCAAGAAGAGAAAGAUUGAUCUUGAAAGUAGUAUUCAACAAUCUAUUGACUCUUUUGAGGAUUUGUUUUUCAAGGCUAUUAAUAAUGGUGAUUUGGACUGUUUAUUAGUGUUACUUCGACAAGUACCUACAAACUUUGAUAUUAAUAUGCCAAAUCAUAUUCAUCCAUUCAAGGAUCAACCUGCAUUACAUAUUGCUUGCAAUUGUGGAUACACGGAUUUUCUCAAAUUAUUACUCGAACAUUUCAAACCAACAUUGAACAUUAACUUGGAAAAUUCAAAGGGUUCUAGGUCGAUUCAUUUUGCAGCCUAUGGAGGUAGUUUACAGAUUUUAAUAACCCUCGUAGGACAUGUUGCUAGAUAUUGUCAUGUUAAUGGCGUCGAUUUGACUUUCCAACAAGGCAAGGAAUUUAUUUUCCAAGGAAGAAACACUGAAAUUUACAUUACACCUCAAAAUGCGAGAGUCAUUCAUGAAUUUGUGAAUAGCAAAACAAAUGACGAAAACCAAAGAACACCCCUAAUAAUUGCAACUGAAAAAGGCAAUACUGAUGCUGUACAAUUCCUAUUGAGUCUAGAUAAGGCGCUUAGAGAAGCUUGCCCAGAACUUCAAGAUGCAACAACAAUUGGAACUCAAGGCAGCUACCUUCCAAUUCACAAAGCUGCUUCUAGGAAUAAUACCGAGAUUAUUCAGCUAUUGCUGGAACAUAAUCCUGGCUCUGUCAAUGCAAAAACCUCAAAGAGAAAAUUUCCAUCAUCCUUUAUUACUUCAUCAAAUCAAGUAAUUUAUAGAGGAUUUUCACAAACACAAUUCAAGAGAAGUGAAGAAAAGAAACAAGAGGAAUCAAGAUCCGAAGAACAAUCACAACAACAACAGGAAGAAAAAAAGAGUUACUUUAAGAGAUUGUUCUCACCAGCCAAUUUGAUCUUGCCAGCCGUGUUCGGAAUUGUUUUAUAUAAUUUUGCAUCAUAUGAUGUUCGUCAAAAGAAACGUGAGGCUGAAUUGGAGAAACAAGCAAGUAGCAAGGCUGUUAAAGCUGUAGGAGCUCCAAAACUUGGAGGUGCUUUCACUCUUGUUAAUACUAAAGGAGAAGUUGUUACAGAUUCUGAAUUUAGAGGAAAAUUCAUGUUCAUGUAUUUUGGAUUUACUAAUUGUCCUGAUGUUUGUCCAACUGAAAUGAAAAAGAUGACAAAAGCACUUCAAAAAAUUGAAAAGGAAAAUCCAGAGUUGGCAGACAAGAUUGUUCCAGUGUUUGUUUCAUGUGAUCCACCUCGUGAUUCAUGCACAGCUGUCAUUGAAUAUCUUCAAGAUUAUCACCCAAGAUUUGUUGGAUUAACUGGUACUCCAGAUCAAAUCAGUAGAAUUUGUAAGAAAUAUAGAGUUUAUUACAAUGCUCCUGAUUACAAGGAAGGAUCACAAGAUUACUUGGUUGACCACAGCAUUUUCAUUUACUUGAUGGAUCCAUAUGGUCACUUGUCUGAAUAUUUUGCUCAAAAUACUACUGCUGAUAAGAUUUACGAAAGUGUUAGUACAGCCUUAAAAUCAUAUAAAUGGGAAUAA